AUGGGAUUAAACAAAGAGUUACCAACCUUGAAAUGGGGAAUCAUAGGUACCGGAUUGAUUAGCACUUGGUUUGUAAGAGAUAUUUUACUCGAUAGGAAAGAAGCUAAGGCGAUUCAUGAAAUCCAUGCAAUUGGGUCUUCAAGUGAAUCAAAAGGUAUUGAUUUUGUUAACAAAUUUGAUAAACUACAAAGUUCCAAGCCAUUUGUUGGAUCAUAUGAUGAAAUUUACGUGAGAGAAGAUGUGGACAUCAUUUACAUUGGAUUACCACAUGUAUUUCAUAAAGAGCAGACGUUGAAAGCAAUUGAGAAUGGAAAACACGUCCUAGUAGAAAAACCAGCUACAAUCAAUGCUAAAGAUUUUGAAGUGCUAAUCAAAGCGGCCAAAUCGAAGAAUGUAUUCUUGAUGGAGGCUGUUUGGGUGAGAUUUAAGCCUAUUAUAUUGGAACUACAAGAGUUGAUUAUGAAAGAUAAAGUAAUUGGUGAUGUUUAUAGAAUGUUUGCGGAUUUUGGAAUUGAUAAAAAGUUAAAUGACUUACCUGAUAAUUCCAGAUUGAAGAACGCUAGUCUUGGUGCUGGUUCUCUUUUAGAUAUUGGAAUUUAUCCUUUGACCUACGCUAGAUUAUUUCUUGAUGAAGGAUUAGGUGUUCAUCAUAAGAAAUUUGACGUUGUUGGAUUACAAUCCCUCAGGAAUGGCAUUGAUAACAUGUCGAGUGCAAUAAUCAAAUACGAAGAUGGAAAACAAGCGAUUAUUACUUCGAGUAUGUAUAACAAUUCGCCGGAGAAUUUCCUCAAGAUCGACGGAGAGCUUGGGACCAUCGAAGUAGGAGGAAUUGGUGGAUCGAUGCCAAGUAAAUAUAAAAUUACGUUUAAGAAUAAAGAAACAAAGUCUAUCGAGAAAGAAUUUCCAUCUCAGGGUGAGCAUGGACUUGGCUUUCAAUAUGAGGCAGACGCUGUAGCCGAAGAUAUUUCAAAGGGCAAAAUACAAAAUGAUCUUCUUCCGUUGGAUGAGAGUUUAUUGGUACUCCAAACUCUAGAUGAAAUCAGACGGCAAGGAGGUCUUGUUUACCCUCAAGAAUGUUGA